CUUCUCACGGCACGCCUAGGCAAGCCGCCUAAUCAAAGGUGUAAGCUGAGUCUUCCCCUAAGUCAUCGUUCUUCCCAUCUUUAGCUUCUAUCAAAUCGAGUCCAUAAGGCUCUGUGCCACUGUCGCUUUCCAGAGCAAGGCCUCGGAGAAUACGCCUUGUCAACGCACUGUCUACCAUGCAAAUGAGACACUGGCUGGUCUAUCUGGAGUGCUGCGCACAUACAACCAGAGGACACCUCAAUGACUCCCUCCAAGGACACUGUUCGUCAUCCUCUAUACCCCUCAAACGGAGUUCCCACUGUGUCGAGGACAACGUUGUCGUCUUAGCCCUACCCGAACAUCUCCUAGACAGACGUUGGCAUGUCACCAGGUCCAAACCACGAAACGGCAGGUGCCGGGCAAGCUGUCUCCCCCGAUACGAUUCUGGCCAGCAACCCAUCACUAGCACACUCAACAACAGGCUUUUGCGCGAAUGCGGUGCUUGCCUCGUCUUGCCAGCGCCGUCAGGUGUAAAUAGUCGUAAAUGCGGCGGCGGAGGUGUUGUUGCUGUUGUUAUUUGGCACCGACAAAUCACCGAAUCCCCUAGGAAUAUUCCGUACAGCCAGCGCCGCAAGGUGUCACUCCAGCCUUUCCAGCCGUAGGCAAAAUCACAUGCAAUCUGAGGUGCCUGUGCGACACAGCAUCAUCCCAGAUGUGAGGGCUGAGGCAAACGGGAUCUACGUUGACACAGGCCCCAAGCCCCCUUACCCCCGGCCGAAAGCCCCAGACGAGAUUCUCUUCCCACCAAAUAUUCACAAUCUUCCUUGGUCUCUCUUGAAACCGGAAGGAACAGGCGAGGCACAACCCAAGCCUUUAUGCUCCAUUGCUCUCUGACCCCUCCCUUGGCUCUGGACCACGGAGAUCACAGUCGCCGAACUAGAAACGGAUAGCUCGUUCCAGUCUUAGCCCCAAACUUGCCCGAUUUUGCAAUCUCCUGUUUGCCGCCGGUAAUUUCGACUACUAGAAACCGCCAGUGCCGGGGCAAACGGCCGGGCUUCUUUGUCCCUCUGGUUGUUUACUCUCCGCCGUCGACGGCACUUGGGUGGGCAGAUGCAGCUUCUAAUUUUUUCACCGACAUUAUAGCAGAUAAUACGAACAGGCAUCAAAUCCAAAGAUGGACAUGUAUGAGACACGAUGUUUUUUUUGACGGGGUAUAGCCUAAUUCGUAAUCCAAACAUACAGUCUUCUGAUGCCAGUACCGCCUGAUAUUGCAAUUCUUGUUUUUGUCUCCUACGCCCCGAAUGUUCUCAAGCCAAGACGUCUUCUGCGUGUAACGGCGUAACGGACAUGAAGCUCUUCUCAUAAUUAAAGACACCGAGGUGCAUAACCGUUUGUCCCAAACAUGACAAAGAUAUCCCAGAGAAACUCCAUACUAUCCAC